AUGGCAUCGCCGGCCGUGGGGCCGUGCCCCCGCCCGCUGCCGCCCCCCGUGCCCGGCUCCAUGCGCCGCCGCCCGCCGGGCCCCGCCGCGACCCCCGCCCGUCCCGAGGGGAGCCCCGGCGGGGCCAGGGCUGCGCGGCGGCUGCGGCGGCGCGGGGGAGCCCCGCGGCUGCUGCCCGACGUGCGGAGCAUCUUCGGGGCGCCGGAGAGCCCCCCCGAGCGCGGCCGCGGGCACCGCUUCGCCCCGCGCCUGCCGCGCCGGGGAUGGUGCGACCUGUGCGGGGAGGCGGUGCGGGAGCGCGCCCUGCGCUGCGACUACUGCAGGUACACGUGUCACCAGGAGUGCCGCAGCCUCAUCCAGCUGGAUUGUCGCCAGCCAGGCCAGUGCCAGAGCCAGCUGUCCCCAGAGAGCACCCUCGGGGUGCCACCCUGCAGCCAGAAUGUGACACAAACCGUAGAAGAAGAAAAACCCGAGCCUCCAACCGUCCAGGAGAUCAAACAGAAGAUUGAAAAGUACAAUGCAAAGGUCACCAACUGCCUGCUGAUGAAACUGAACGAUGAUGGGACCUACACAGGGUUCAUCAAGGUGCACCUGAAGCUGCGGCGGCCGGUGACGGUGCCGGCCGGGAUCCGGCCCCAGUCCAUCUACGAUGCCCUCAAGGAGGUGAACCUGGCUGAGAUGACAGACAAGAGGACCUCCUUCUACCUGCCCCUGGAUGCCAUCAAGCAGCUGCACAUCAGCAGCACCACCACGGUGAGCGAGGUGAUCCAGGGGCUGCUGAAGAAGUUCAUGGUGGUGGAUAACCCCCAGAAGUUUGCACUUUUCAAGGAGAUGAGGAAAGAUGGGCAAGUGCUCUUCCAGAAGCUUCCUCCCACCGAGUACCCCCUGUACCUGCGGCUGCUGGCGGGCCCUGACACCGACGCGCUGAGCUUUGUGCUGAAGGAAAACGAAACAGGGGAAGUUGAGUGGGACGCCUUCUCCAUCCCGGAGCUGCAGAACUUCCUGAUGAUCCUGGACAAAGAGGAGAAGGACAAAAUCCAGCAAGUGCACAAGAAGUAUGAGAGGUUCAAACAGAGACUGCAACAGACCCUGAAAGAGGCCAGAGGCAAACCUGGAUAACCUUCAGGAGGCACUGGGCAUCAGACUAAGAUAGAGACUGUUUUUAAUGAAAAGACUUCUCAGGACACCUUAGUAGUCAUUCUCCCUCUUCAACCUUCCUUAAGGACUGGCUCCCAGCACCCCUAAAAUGAUCCUAUUGCAUUUUCUUCUUCUGAAACCUCUUCUCCCAGGACCAGAGCCAGUCCAAGAACGGGAAGCCUGUUUAUAAAACAGCUUCAACAAAGCAAACACAGCUGCUGGUUGGAUUUCCAGCCGUGCCAUCCUCUGGAGAGGCUGCGUGGAAAAUCCUCAGUGUGACACCCAACAGGACCCCUGUGCUGGCUGAAGUUUGGAGCAGGGCAGCUCUUGCUCUUCCUGCUCCUCCCAGCGAGCUGCUUGUUCCUGUUUGGAGGUGCUGUGGCCCACAGUGCCCUCAUGGCCCAGUUCUGGUUUCGUAAGGAGAGCACAGGAAAAGGGGAGGAGGUUGUUGCACCAAACCACGUGGGUGUUGCAGCUCUAGCCAAGCCCUGGACUUGUUCAGGGCUAAGGCAGCCAGGGAAAUGCCAGGUUAGGACACCAAGGCAGCUGCAACACCCCAACAGUCUGUUAGUAAAUAUUAUUGCAACUUGGUAAUAGUAAUUCCCAGGAAAAUCAUUCAUUUUGAUUCUAUUUGACUUCUAAUUUUGGAAAGAGCUGAAUUACAGUAACUGUCCCUGAUGCUUAGCCAAGUUAGCCAGGGUUUCACCAGUUCUCUACUCUGUAGGAAUUGGGACCUAUGUUCCCAGAAAUUCUGUUUGAAAAGUGUAAAGGUGAUGGUUGGGGCACAGGCUGUGGGUUCAGUGUUGAAGGUUUAGCAAUAUAUGUCCAUCAGAGGAACCCAGGAAAGCUCAAAACCCCUUCACAAAUCAGAUUUUGAGCUGUGAGUGUGCCUGGCCCCGAGGGAGAGGAGCCCCAUCCAGGGCUGGGGUGUGGAGGUGGCACCAAGGAAGGGAAUUCCUGUCCUUGGAUGCUUUCUGCUCGCCUCACCUGGGCUUCCUCCUGCUCCUGCUGUCCCAGCCCUGCUGUCCCUGUGCCCUGUUCUCCCUCCCCACUCUCAACUGGUGCUGUCCUGCAUGUCCAGGAGGCUUCCCAGGAUUUGCUCUCUCCGUGGAGCCAGGAGAGGACAGCAAGUCUCUCUCUGCCUGUCUCAGGGCUGCCACCACACCAUGCUGAGCAUCCCUCAGCAAAGUCCUCGAGCUGCAGGCUGGGUCCCUGCCCUCCCUCCUGCUGCUGAGGCCGUGCAGGGGUCACUGCUGGGCUGCAAUGAUCCUGGGGGAGAGGAUGGGCCCCGUGUUUACCCUCAGUGCUCCAUACCGAGCACGCUGCACACAGCCAGGGCCAGCCCUCCCUCUGUUCACAGCCCAGGGAACGGGGAAUGUCAGUGCUGGAUUGGGAUGGAGCAGGGACGGGGUUGGUGUGGGCUCAUGGAGCUCACUGUGGCUGCUGGGAGGCAGCCAGUUAUUGGGGAAUAGGGAGGAGUUCAAAUUUACCUCAGUGCCUUUUUUUUCCCUUAAGUGUGAAAACCUUGCAUUUGGGCUAAGGAGGAAGCCGUGCAGAGCCUUGUCCCUCCUGUCCCCACAGCACUGGUGUGACGAGACCCUCGUGUCUGGGGAGGGAUGAGGAACUGCUUUGUUUCUUUCUGGAAGGUGAUUGCUUGGGAUUAUUAUUUUUUUUUUCCAGAUUUUGUUUCUAAACCUUAAGAGAGUAACUGCAUUACUUGGUGUGAAAGCCGCUUUCUGCCGAGCUCAGUUGCAGCUCCUGUUGUGGUCAGCAGUGAGGGUUUGUUUGCUCGCAGGGCUCUCUCUGGUGCAGAGGAGCCUCCAGCUGUACUGUACUCUACACCCAACGACCUUUAACACCCGCCGUGCUCUGGGGCUGUUUGUCCAGCCACAGGCAGACUUAGCACUUCACUGUUCACUGGUGGAGUCAUUGAAAUGCCGUUUAUCUGGUGCUUUGAGCCUUGAGAGCACCGUAUAAAUACUUCAGUUCCACCGUGGGGAAGAGCGCUGUAGAAACUGCCGGUGGCUCUCAGAGGGAAGAGCCACACGCUUGGUUUGAAAUCCCUUUUCUUUCUGGCUGAAAGUUGUGCAGGUUUAGUUCUAGUUUUAUUUUUAUGUUGGUGUCCCCUGUCCCUUCCUGGCCCCAGCAUGUCUUUGACAGUUUGUAGAAGGCAUGGCUUCGUAUGCAAUCACUGUGGAUGCUGCUGAAAACCUCCUGCACCAGCAGGGCUCGUUCUUUUGGGUUUUUUUUGGUUUUUUUUCAAUAUGAGGGGCAUUUGAGGAAUUGGUAGGUGUGGAAACUCAAAUUCUCAAGGGUCAGUUGAGCUGGUUUUAGGAGUAUUUGCCCCUUCUUUAAGCGCAAAUCCUGUUGGCAGUGCCUUUGGUUAGCAAUUGUCUCGUGUAAGUUUAUUUUCCAUGGCUACUGUAAAACCUGUAAAAUAAUGUGUAUAGGAUGGAAUAGUAGAGCUUCUAUGGCAAAGUGAAAUGCAUUUUUGCAAUGCUGUAAUUUAUUUUUACUACUCCCUAGUGAUUCUAUGGCAUUUUUACAAAAUGUCUCACUCUCAACUUUUUUUGAAGGUUCUGGAACUAUUUGUUCAUACGCAGACAGUGUAAGAGAAAUGAGAAUAAAGCUGUCAGUAAUUAAAGAAA